AGUGGAGUCCGCAAACAGUGCAAGCAUAAAAAAACAACGCUGCUUAUUUUGGAGUUGGAAGCAUCGUUAGAGAUGACAAUCAUGGAUCUGGACCGCGGGCCUAUCCCGUAAAGGAUUGUCGUGGUAUGGUAUUGGGACGAGGUUUUCUAGGCCCGCAAAUUUGCGGGCCUUGCGGGACGGGUCUUUGCGGGACUAGGUCUUUUGCGGGAUGGGCCGAAACGGGUCAUGCGGGAUUACAUGGACUCGCAUUUUUUUCUUCAUUUCUUAUUUUACCUGAAAAAAGCGAGAAAAAGAGUGAGAAGAAAGCGAUUCUUGUGACUUUUACCCUAGAAAACAUAAGGAGUUCCGGCGAUGAUGCAUGAUUCGAGCUCCGGUGAUUAUAUGAUUCGAGCUCCGGCGAUGACGACUCCAGCUCCAGCGAUGACGAUUCGAGCUCUGGUGGUGUUUUGAUUUGGUUUUCUCUUUUUAUUACACACAACUAUGAAUUGUUUUAUUAGAUAUUUCUUGUUUAAGUUGAUUGGUUUUGUUUUCAGUACUGUGAAUUGGUGUUUUUUUUAAAUUAAAUUUGGUUACAAUGAUGUUGUUUAGGAGAAAAGUUAGUUGUAUAUCACGUCACUUGUAUAAUUUGGCAAAGUGAUUCACGAUUUUUUUUGCAAUCCAAAUGAGAUGGUUUGAUGAAGACAUACAACACUUGAGCCAAAUUAUUACAAAGACAACAACUCAAUCAGAUUCAAACUCAACAAAAGCUUAUGCUGAUAACAAAAGAAGGCUUUUAACUCAGGAACGCAAGCACAAACGAAGCUUUGUGACAUUGAUUUUGAUAAUGCUUUAGUGAAGCUUAAUGAGCUCUCUUCAACUCUCUUACACAACUCUUCUACUUGAACAUUCAUGAAAGAAACUGUAGUAGGCGGUUUGAUAAGGAGGCGUCCCGCGGGACGGCCCGCGAAGGCUUAUAUAUUAUGCGGUACGGGUUUGGGUCGGAAUUUUGAAGACUACAGUCCGUGCGGGACAGGUCCGGUGUAACCCGCUCGAUGACUAGCCCGCCGCGGUACGGGACGGAACGGGAUGGAUAAACCUAUUUGACAUCUCUAAGCAUCGUGGCUUAUAUUGUUUUGUGGGGCCUACACUUAAAUCCCAUGAUAAGCAACUGCGUUGCAUCAUUAGUGAUAGAUUUCUUAAACUUUGUCUCUCAACCUUAGUUUAUUAAUCUUUUCAUUUAUAACAGUUUUAUAAUUAAAAUUAAUGCAGUUAAAAUAUGAUAGGAAGACACGAGUAGAAUUUGCUUCGUAGAAAAGGAAGAGAGUCUCUUCCAUGCCCAAUCGAUUGUCUACUUUUCUAUUGUCUCUUUUUUACUUUUCCUUUUUAUAUUAAUAUUAACCCCUGUUCGGGAACGCGCUAGGCGCUAGUCGGACGGUCGGGUUAGACCUAGCGCAUAAAGAAAAAAUCGGAGAUUAAUUGAAAAUUAUGUGGGGCGAAAUUUUUAGAUUGUUUACUAUGUUAUAAAACAAGUUAAUCUUUAAUUGUGUAUAACAUUAAUACAUUUUUAUGUUUAAGAUUGUAUAAAACAUACAAAUAGAAUAUAUAAACUUAAUAUAGUGUAAUUUUCAUCAAAAUUAUGAAUAUAAAUGAUAUUUAUAAAAUUUUAGAUCAAACAAAUAAAUAAAAAUAUUAUUAAAAAUAAAAAUAAAAAAAAAACAGAUUAGGCGGCUAGACGGAGAAAAUUAGAUAUCCGAUUUCUUAAACCGAUUUGGCAUAAACCUUAAGAAACUCCUACGAAAUUGAACCGCUGCGCUUGCCCUAAGCUCAGCACAAAUGUAAAGUCAUUUUGGAGUUUUGAGGAAAAUAUCUCAAAUACACGUGUCAUUAUACUAUUUGCUAACAUGGAUGCGGCUUCUAGUACAAGAAACGAAAAUGAAAACAUAGAAAAGGAAAUGAAUGAGUAGAAAAGCUAAUAUUUUUUUUGAAAAUAUUUUAUUUCUAUAUUAUACCCCGAAAAGAUCCUAUAAAACAGGUUAUAAUGGGUGAAUUCUGAAUGUUUUAUUUCUCUGCAUUCUCUCUCUACACAUCUUUUUCAUUCGCUAAAUUCUUCAAACUUUUCAUAACUAAAUCCAGAAUCUCUGUUUUUUUUCUUCUUCAAACAGAACCUUUAUAAGCCAGAAAUAUUAAUAAGGUGAAAAGUGAUGAUGAUGGAUGAAUAUAUGGAUUACAGACCAGUGAAGUACACGGAGCACAAGACAGUGAUCAAGAAGUACACUAAAAAGUCGUCAGUGGAGAACAAGAAGAAGAAGAAGAUCAGUCCUGGUCGUGACUCCGCGAAGUUGGUUCGGGUGUGCGUGAUGGAUCAUGACGCUACUGAUUCAUCAAGCGACGAGGAGGAGCUUUUGUUCCCUAGAAGACGGGUCAAGAGAUUGAUCAACGAGAUCAGAGUCGAACCUGCCUCCUCCGACGAAGUCUCGGCGGCUGCGAAUAAGAACGGUAAAAGCCUGGCCGUUGAACCUCCGCUUAAAAAGGUCUCUGUCUCCGGUGACGAUCAAAACGAGAGGAAGUUCCGUGGCGUGAGACGGCGGCCGUGGGGAAAGUACGCGGCGGAGAUUCGUGAUCCGGAGCAACGCCGGAGGAUUUGGCUCGGUACAUUCUCAACGGCGGAGGAGGCUGCCCUCGUCUACGACAACGCAGCGAUCAGGCUUCGUGGCCCUGAUGCUCUCACCAACUUCGCCGUACCACCAGAGCCCAAACCGGAGCAGGAACCAGAAUCCAAGAGCAGCAUAUCGGUUUCUUCAACAUCAGAGUCAAUGGACUACUCUAAUCAUCAUUUGUUAUCGCCAACAUCGGUUCUCAACUACGGAAUCUCAGAACCGAUCGAUGAACCUGUCAAACCGGUUAAACAAGAGUUUAUUAAACCGGAACCAAUAACCUGGCCUUUCGAAGAAGGUAAUGGUAAUGAUAUUGAUGGUUCAUUUCCAUUGGAUAUUCCAUUUCUCGACAACUAUUUCAACGAAUCAUUGCCGGACAUCUCCAUUUUCGAGCAAUCAAUGUCUCAUAUUCAAUCGCCAGAGAAUGGUUUCUUCGAUGAUCUUAUGCUGUUCGAUCACAACAAUAUGGGAGGAGAAAAUUAUUGUUCCGAUAUCGAAGAGAUUGGUUCAAUGUUCAACAGUGUUGAUGAUUUUUUUAUAUCUGAUUUUUUAGUUGUAUGAUAAUUUCAUACAAAAAGAGAGACACACAUUGGUUUCAAAUAUAGCUGAUGGGAGUCAAAUUUUGUCUUGAAUUUUUGAGUUUUGAUAAGUUUUCAUUUUAAUAAUUUUGUUUAGGAGUAACUGAAGUGUGCGGUGUCCUGGUUUGUAAAAUAUUUUUGUGAGAAAUAUUGGGAAUGAUAACUAAUUAUUAAA